CGGGUCUGCCUCCAUCUCCGGGCCUUUUUGUUCGCACCUGGAUUAUACUACUGCCAUCCCCCGAUUUCCCUGGGAAACGCAAAGUGUGCCUUCGUCGCCAGAGAUCUAGCGCCGGUGGCAUGGCACCUUCCCGUGUUCUUUCUUUAUUUAUAGCCUCAGCUCCCCACUAGGAGUUUUGUUUCCAUCAACAAAACCUAACCAUUAAUUUGACCAGAAUUAUCCGCGUGAAAUGCCGCCCCCCUAAAUCUCGCAGCAGCAGAAAUUGGGCUCGCAUUUUAUUUUCACACCAAAUGGCUGCCAAAAACACUAGUAGUCCGUAUUUUUUAGUCCCAAGAAGGAGAGAGAGAGAGAGAGAUCAAGGCUUAUCCUCCUCCUCCAGCGACCCGGCUGGGCCAAGAAAGUCCAGGGGAAGAGACAGAAAAGAAGAACAGAAAACAGUGGGAAAAAGAGGCCGGGCUCCUCGAAUCUCUCACUAAUUUUCUCCUUGUCUGCGUGCCUACGCCUUGCCUCCUUCGGGGUUGGUGAGCGAGCGAGCUCGGGAUCAGUUGGGGACUACACACCCAGAGGUUGUUGUCCGAGAAUUAUUUAGGCCCGCCCCCUUCUUCCUUCCACGCCUUCUUAGCCUCGCCUCGCCUCGCCUCCCUUCUCUGGUCAGUCUUCUCGGAUCUCCGGCUCAAAUUCGUCUCCCCAAUCCCCAGUUCCAGGUUCUUGGAGGAGGGGGGAGGCCAUGGGCAGCUUCGCCAAGCUGGCCAAGAGGUGCGUGGAGACGGAGGCGCCGGUCAUGGUGAAGAUACAAGAGCUGCUUCGAGGGGUCACUGAUGUGAUGUCGCUUGCGCAGGGAAUUGUUUAUUGGCAACCUCCUGAGACAGCCCUGAACAAGGUCAAGGAAAUUGUAUGGGAACCAGCAACCAGUAAAUAUGGUGCUGAUGAUGGCCUUCCCGAGCUUCGAGAAGCACUUCUCGAGAAGCUUCACAGGGAGAAUAAGCUAACCAAGUCAUCGGUUAUGGUGACUGCCGGUGCAAAUCAGGCUUUUGUAAACCUUGUUCUGACCCUUUGCGAUGCUGGUGAUUCAGUUGUCAUGUUUGCACCAUAUUAUUUCAAUUCCUUCAUGUCAUUCCAGAUGACUGGCGUCACUGAUAUAUUAGUUGGUGCUAGCAAUCCCAAGACACUUCAUCCUGAUAUUGAUUGGUUAGAGAAGGUGCUGAAAGAAAAUAACCCUAUCCCUAAACUUGUUACUGUUGUCAAUCCGGGAAACCCUUCUGGAGCUUUUAUUCCCAAGCCUAUGCUACAGAGAAUUUCAGACCUGUGCAAGAAUGCUGGUGCAUGGCUGGUGGUUGACAAUACCUAUGAGUACUUCAUGUAUGAUAAAAUGGAGCACUACUGCCUAGAGGAUGAUCAUAUUGUCAACCUUUUCUCGUUCUCAAAGGCUUAUGGAAUGAUGGGGUGGCGUGUAGGAUACAUCGCAUAUCCAAGCGAAGCCGAUGGUUUCCACGCGCAGCUCCUUAAGGUGCAGGAUAACAUACCUAUCUGUGCUUCCAUCAUCGGGCAGCGCCUGGCUCUAUACUCAUUGGAGGCCGGCCCAGAGUGGAUCAGGGAAAGGGUGAACGAUCUCGUGAAAAACCGCGAGCUGCUUGUGGAGGCAAUGUCUCCCCUUGGUGAGGGUGCUGUCAAGGGUGGGGAGGGUGCCAUCUACCUCUGGGCUAAGCUACCAGACAACUGUUCAGACGACUUUGAGGUUGUCAGGUGGCUCGCGACCAAGCACGGUGUCGCAGUGAUCCCCGGGAGCGCCAGCGGAGGCCCCGGAUACAUCCGUGUUUCCUUCGGAGGGCUGAAGGAGGAAGACACGAGGCUCGCCGGCGAGAGGCUAAGGCGGGGUCUGCAAGAGCUGGUGACCGAUGGGAUGGUACAGUAACAACAGCCCGUCGUAUGUAAGACAGUAAGAGUACAUUUCUACAUUCAGAUCACACAGGUCCGAUUUUUUCGACGAUACGAUUCUGCCGGGAUUAGUUGAUUCAGAGGAGCAAAAGCACCAUAUAUCCAAGUCUUUUGUAUCUUACAGAAUCACCAUGCUGGAGGUGCCUGAUGGGAAUGGCAAUUGGUGUACUGAGAAUUGGGGCAAAAUAAAAAAAGCCGCGCAGCCCCCGUGUCGUAAUUCUCCGUUCGGUACUUCCUGCCGUUUAAUUUACCCUUUCCCCCAGCAACUGUACACAAGUGAAAUACGACAAUUAUAAGGUGCUUUUACACGCCUUCCCUGA